CGUACCGCCGUUUCAAUUUAGACUCCACGAGCCCGUCUCCUCACCGUCAAAGGCAAAAAAUGGCCGGGAACUCGCCGGAACCCGGUAUUGUGCCCGAGUUUGCCGGCGAUCUGAAAGAGCUUUACGCUAUAUGCGACGCCGAAGACGAGAUUUCUCCGGAGAUAGCCGAGGAGAUGGUAGAGAGGGUGAUGCACGAGCUCCUGAAAGAGAUCACCGGCGCCGGAAGUCUACCGCCGUCGCCGUCGGGGGGAUUCAUGGUCAGCGAGAGCUGCGGGCCGGCGGCGCUUUCUGGGUCGGGCUCGACCGUCAUGGCCGGCAUUGAGUUGAGCUUCUGCAGCGGCGCGCGGGCUCUCUCUGGUUUCCCGGCGGGUCAAUGCGGCGGGAACGGGUCUGGCGUGGAAGAGAGAGCGGCAGGAGAAAUGCAGUACACAAGGGCGCGCGGCGGUGGUGAAGGCUGUGACGGGUUAGUUUGCGACGACGAUGAGUGGCUCGCCGUGUUUCUUAGCUAUUCCCCGCCGGAGCUUGAUGUAUGGUUUUGAACCCUUCCCGGCGGUUGCCGGUACGGGUGUUUGUUUUUACUGGCCUUAUUAUUGCCGUCAUAAUCUCGUGAAAAAUGUGAGGUGAUUGACUAUGUUUCAAGAAUACUCCCUCCCCUCCAUCCCAAAAUAAAAAUCUUGUUCGAAUAGUCAUUAUAAUUUGAAAUUUUUACACUAAAUAUCACUAAAACUUUAAGUCAUUU